AUGUCUAGCGACAGCGACGACCUUGACGAAGACGAGCUUCUUCAGAUCGCGUUGCGCGAACAAUCGCAACGAGAUCUCAAUUACCAAAAACCCUCGCAAAAACCCUCGAAACCAGUGAGAAAUUACGUGCAACCACCGCCAUCGCAGCCUUCGAACCAAAGGCCUUCGUCUGUGCCCAUCCAAAAACCCAACUCAAACAACGUUUCCGCGAUGCAGAAGAACAACCAAAGAAAACCGGUGGAUGAUGACGAUGAUUCGGAGGUGGAAAUGCUGAGUAUAUCGUCCGGGGACGAGGAUUCGUCCAAGGAUCGCGGGUUCGGGUCGAAGAAUCGGGCAAGGAGUGGUGGACGAGGUGGGAGGGAGGAGGAUAAAGGGUGGGAUGGGGAGGAGCCGGAUAGCUGGAAGCGCGUCGAUGAAGCUGAGCUUGGUCGCAGGGUCCGGGAGAUGCGGGAAUCAAGAGCAGUUCCAGUGACACAAAAGGAUGAGAGGAAGACAUCAGUGGCCGGAAAGGGGCUUAGCCAUUUACAGUCCUUGUCUCGUGGCAUGGAAUGGGUAGACCCGCUAGGAUUGGGGUUGAUCGACAUCAAAGUGUUUAGGUUGGUCAGCGACCGUCCAACAAGUUCUCCAUCCAGGCCUGAUAAAGAUUAUGUAGAUUCUAACCUUCGCGAGAAGUUGAUGUAUUUUUCUGAGAAAUUUGAUGCAAAGUUGUUUCUAUCCCGAGUACAUCAAGAUACAAGUGCCGCAGAUUUGGAGGCUGGUGCUCUUGCUUUAAAAACUGAUCUCAAAGGACGCACUCAGCAGAAAAAACAAUUGGUGAAAGAGAAUUUCGAUUGUUUUGUCUCUUGCAAAACCACGAUUGAUGACAUUGAGUCGAAAUUGAAACGGAUUGAAGAAGACCCUGAAGGUUCUGGAACCUCUCAUUUAUUCAAUUGCAUUCAAGGAGUCAGUUCAGUGGCUAAUCGUGCUUUUGGGCCUCUGUUUGAGAGACAGGCUCAAGCUGAAAAGAUCAGGUCCGUUCAAGGAAUGUUUCAAAGGUUCCGAACACUAUUCAACUUGCCUAGUGCUAUUCGUGGGAGCAUAAGUAAGGGUGAAUAUGACUUGGCAGUUAGGGAGUACAGGAAAGCGAAAUCAAUUGUUCUCCCCUCACAUGUGGGAAUACUGAAACGUGUUCUUGAGGAGGUUGAAAAAGUGAUGUAUGAGUUCAAAGGCAUGCUUUACAGGUCCAUGGAAGAUCCUCAUAUAGAUCUAACAAAUGUUCCUCUUGCACCGGUUCAGGCCUUUUCCAGGUCCCUGCUGCACCGGUUCAGGCUUCUCCAGCAUCCUGUUGCACCAGUUCAGGCAAUUUUCAGCCACCUGCUGCAUUCUGUUCUUCCUGAUUUCUUCUUCUUUCAGUUGGAUUUGUUGAUUCUGUGGGAAUGGAUUCAAAGGCCGACCCUUUAG